AUUUAAUCUGCUCAGGUCGCAUCUGCUCAUACAGACAUCGGGGUAAAGAACAUCACUGCAACAUCAUGCAACAUGAAAACAUGAAAACAUGAAAACAUUAUUAAAGUGGUACAGAUGUGGACCAAUUUAUUGGUAUCCACCAUGAAAAAGAGGAACCCACACAGAAAGAACUUGAAAUAAACAAAAGACACACCAAGAAACUCCAGCCAUGCUACAGGCACUUCUGAUUUGGGGCGUCUUUGCCAACUUUCUCCCUCCUACAACCAGCCAGGGUUGUUUCAAGGCCAAUGAGUCUCAGUGUAACAAUGCAGAUUUUGUCCCAGGAUCCAACCUGGCAGGAGAAGGCUUUGAUAUCACCACAAUGGAACGGAAAGGUGCCUUUGUUAUCGACAUGAGUUCCUGGCUCAAGAAAGACAAAACCUGCACUCUGUGUAAAAAUCGCUACAUGAGAGGUGUAAAGCAGAAGCUCCCGGCUUCUGUGGUGGACUGGAGGCCGAGUCAGAGGUGCAGCAUGAAGGUGUCCAGCUCCGUCUACGACUCCAGUGAGUCCUUGGUCAGCUCCAGCACGGCGUCUAUUGAAAACCGCUGGCAGUCAGACUUGAACCUAGUGACUCCACAUGUCCAGGGAUCAGUGAUGAUGGCAGGCACUAACUCCAAGCUGGCUGAAUAUUCAAUGCAGAAAACCAAAAAAGACAAGUUCAGCUUCACCAGCCAGAUCGUCAAAUGUGGAUACUACAAGUACAGGGUUUCAAAUCGUCCAGUCCUGCACCCGGAGCUAAGUGAAGAUUUUAAAAGCCUCCCUCAGAGAUAUGAUGAGUCUACAAAGCACCUGUACUUCAAGCUGAUUGACAUGUUUGGUACUCAUUACAUUACUAAGGUGACUCUGGGUGGAGAAAUUCGCUCUGUGACCAGCAUAAAGGAGUGCCAGGCAUCACUGCAGGGUCUGAGUGUGGAUGAGGUGAAGUCUUGUCUGGAUCUGGAGGCUACUGUCAGUAUGGGAAUAGCUUUUAACAUGAAAAGUGAGGCUCAUCACUGCAAGCAGGCCAAGGAAAAGUCUCUGAACAAAAAAAGCUUCUCCAGCACCUUCAGUGACAGGGAAACAAACGUGUUUGGUGGCAACACUGAGAAUGUCGAUCUCCUUUUCUCAUCAAAUACCAAUCCAAAGGCCUAUAAGGAGUGGGUCUCAUCUCUACCUGCUCACCCUGAUGUGCUUUCUUACUCGCUCAUGCCUCUUCAUGAUCUGCUGCCAAAGGAGUCAUCAAUCCGAGCACAUUUACGCAACGCCAUCAAGGACUACAUCCUCCAGAGGGCUCUGGUACGCAACUGCACAAGCCCAUGUAAGACUGGUGUAAAGACAAACCCUAGGGAACCGUGUAGCUGCAGCUGCCACAACAACCCAGGUGUGGCCCUCAACUGCUGCCCCACUCAGAAAGGCUUUGCUCAUGUCACUGUAACUAUUAUCAAAGCCACAGGUUUGUAUGGAGAUUACAUCGGUAAGACGGAUGGGUAUGUCAAGAUCCUCCUCAACGGUAAUCUCCCAAGAGGAAAGACGUCCAUAAUCCCAAAUAACAACAAUCCCAUUUGGAACAGCGAUUUUCAUCUGGAAACUGUGGACCUUUCUCAAUUCAGGAGUGUGAAGCUGGAGGUCUGGGAUGAGGACAGUGGGUCAGAUGACGAUCUACUUUGGGGUUGUAGUGUUCCACUGAAAAGUGGAACAAAUAACAAUAUCUGUCCCCUUAAUCAUGGACUGUUGUAUUAUAAAGUCCAGGUGAACUGCAUCACUGGUUUGACUGGUCCUUCAUGCAUGGAGUACAAGCCUUCAUCCUUGGACUCACAACUGGAGAAAUUGUACGUCUCCAGGAAUGCAUACCCGAUUCCCAGAGACAUGCUCCUGGAGAUGGGCGUGCUCCUCGACAAACGCAUUCCCUGCUUCAACAUGAGCAACAUCCGCAAAGCUGAAGGUUUUGAGUUGUAAACCAACUGUGUUUUUAGAGCAGCUAUCGCAUAUUCACGCCAGCUAUCAAAACAUUUAUAGUAGAAUAAGUGUGCAUUAUAUUGACAACCUAUAGCUUAAUAUAUUUAGGUACUUUUGCAGCAUUUUUUCUUUUGAAAGCUUAAUAAAAGUUUCAUGAAGCAA